AAAUUACUUUGGUCUGAUGUAGAGAGAGUACCUUAGUUUACAUCUAAGGUGGAAUUGCUGAAUGUGAAGUAUGAACAAGAUUACGAAGAGAUCAUGGAUUAUUUCAGAGCCAUAGUCAAAUCAGGAGAAAUUAGUGAAAGAGUCUUUGAUUUAACAGGCAUCAUAAUUCAAAAGUUGCCAUCUAAUUAUAAUGCUUAUUUCAUAAGAAGAAAGUGUUUGAGAUAAUUGAAUUUAGACUUAAAUAAAGAGAUGGAAUUUAUAAAUGAGGUUACAAUCGCGAAUUAGAAGGUUUAUUAAAUUUGGUAAGAUAUCAUUUUAUGUUAUUAAGGGAACAUAGAAGAUAAGUGAUAGAGGAGUUGAAUGAUUUCAAAGGCGAGGUUGAGUUUCUCCACAAAAUUUUUGAUGAAGAUAAUAAAAAUUAUCAUGGAUGGUCCUAUCGAGUGUGGUUGUGUGAAAGAUUUAAGAUAUAUGAUACAGAAUUAGUAGAUGUCUAAUAUUAUUUGGAUGAAGAUAUUGGUAAUAAUUCUGCUUGGAAUUACAGGUAUUUUUUAUUGUCUAAAAUGCCUCUUGAUUUCAAUGCAGAAUUAGAAUAUAUAAAGAAUGCAAUUAGAUUGAAGCAAGAUAAUGAAGCAGCAUGGAACUAUUUGAGAGGAUGGUUUAAAAUGUUUAAAUUCAAAAAUGAUUAGGAAAAUCCUUAUAAAACAUAUGUUCAAUUCAAUUUGAAAGACUUUAACUUGCUUGAAUUUCUAAACGAGGUGGGAUUUACCAAUAGAUUUGCUUUAAGUCUUAAGAUUCAAUACCUUCUGUAAGAUGGAAAGUAUAAAGAUGCUAUAGAUAUAUGUGAUAAUCUUCAGAAUUUGGAUUUGAUUCGAAUAAAAUAUUGGUAAUAUAUGAAGAACCAAAUAAUUGGAUUGAUUUAGUGA